AUGGCUGCUCCGUGGCAGAGCACCCAUGCCGAAGGUCGACUGGAGGCUUGCGCGGAUGCUGCGGCCAAGGGCGAGCUCUUGGUCAUCUUGGAUUUCGACCGGACAUUGACCAGCAACUUCAUGCCGGAUGGCCGCAGGGUGACCUCAGCCCAUGGAGUCCUCGAGGACGCCAGUGUACUGUCCGAAGCCUUCAAGACCAAGGCCCAAGAGCUCUGCCGAAAGUAUUACCCAAUCGAGAUCGACGCCGUCUUGUCCAUCGAGGAGAAGAUCCCGAUCAUGGGCGAGUGGUACGGGCAAGUCCACGAGCUGAUCCUGAAGGAGUCAGUUACUCGAGAGAACAUUGCUGGUGCGGUGGCAGGCUGCAAAACGAUUCGUCCCCGUGACGGCAUGCUGGACUUCAUCAAAGCCUGUCAGGACCACAGCCCGGCGAUUCCUGUGAUUGUCAUGUCGGCCGGCUUGGGUGAUGUCAUCGAGGAGUUCCUUCGCCAGACGCUGCCGUUUGAGCGGGCCCCGACCACGCACGUGGUCUCCAACAGGAUGGUCUUCAACGAGGAGGGGCGGCUUGUGGACUUCUCCGAGCCGCUCCUGCACAUGUUCAACAAGACAGCGGCCUUUUUUCCCCAGGCGACCCGAGAUUUGGCGAAGGGCAAGAGCCAGUGCUUGCUGAUGGGCGAUGGCGUGGGCGACUGCACCAUGUCUCAGGGCUUGGACCUCGAGCCCUUCAAGAUUGGUUUCCUGAACGAGAAGAUCGAAGAGAGGAUGCCGGAGUUCCAGCAGAAGUUCGACGUCGUCGUCGCCGGGGAUGGCCCUGUCCCCCCACUGGCCUUCCGCGCCAUCGGCGCGGCGCCGGGGUCAGAAGAGCCGAGCUGA